CACACUUCAUCAUCUCCAGUAGGCCUCAAUCGCACGCACGCACGCAAGCACGCACGCAAGCACAUCGCACUCGACGAUGAGUAAUGGCCUCGUCGACGCAGCAGAGGCCAGCACCGCCCCACGCCCGCGUCUACGCAUCAUCUACGCAUCAGCCACAGGGACAGCUCAAGACCUGGCCUAUCGGUGCGGCAGAUUGGCUCAGCGCAACCAUUUCCCUGUGAGAAUAGACGAUGUAGAGCGGGUACACUUGGACGACCUCAUCGAGCACGACGGUGAUGGUGGUGGUGGUCAUGUCGUGGUGUUUCUCGUAGCUACAGCAGGGAACGGCUCUUUCCCUCCCUCGGCCACCUCGCUGUGGAGCCAACUGCUCAGCUCAUCCCUGCCCCUGGGUUCGACGCUUCAACGACUGCAAUUUGCCAUCUUUGGAUUGGGGGAUAGCAGCUACCCGCGCUUCUGCUGGCCAGAGCGCAUGAUGAGGAAGCGACUCGUAGAUUUGGGGGCGAAAGAGGUCGAGAGAGGGGAAGGAGACGAGCAGCACUACCUCGGCCUCGACGGAACCUAUCAGCCCUUUCUCGCAGCCCUCUUCGACAGGCUCAAUGCGCAAUAUCCCCUGCCCUUGGGUAUGGAGAUACUGCCAGAUGAUGUAGCCCUGCCGCCGACGUUGGAGCUGCGUUUACUCGACGAGUGUGGCGACGAAUCGCAGCUCCUUGCCCCCGCCGCCUCGACCACGACUCGAUGGCUCCGCCUCGUCAAGAAUGAGCGGCUCACCUCGCCCGACCACUUCCAAGACGUGCGUCUAUUCGAAUUUGAGGUGCCCACGGACAAAGAGCCGGACCUCAACUUCAUCGCGGGCGACGUCGCAGCACUACGCCCAGUCAACGACCUGCAGAGCUGUCUGGCCCUCCUCGAUCGUCUAGGCUGGACAAAGGACAAGGAUCGAUUCGUCCAAGUCUGGGACACGCAAUCGCAGCGGGCCAUCUCCCUGCCCGCCCUUACACCCACCGCGACAAAGUCGCAGACGACUCUCCUCGACUACAUUCAGCACCACGUCACCCCAUUCUCCGCUCUGCGCCCCUCACUUUUCCCCCUGCUGCGACCAUUCGCCACGAGCGAUGUCGAGCGAGAGAAGCUGGCGGAGUUCUGCACCCCGGGUGAAGGAUACGAGGAUGCCAUGGAGUACGGCGUGAGGACGAAGCGCACCGUAUGGGAGGUGCUCGAUGAGUUUAGGAGUGUGCAGUUACCUGUUGCAAGGGCGGCAGAGGUCCUUGGUGGGGAGAUGAGGGAGCGAGAAUUCAGCAUCGCCUCAUCCCCUUCGCUGACCCCUCGCCGUAUCCAGCUUCUAGUCGCCAUCGUCCAGUAUCGCACGCGCAUCCGCACACCACGGCGAGGCGUCGCCACGCGCUGGCUUGCCUCCCUCGACCCAAGCGACCCCACCACCCCGCUCAUACCAGUCCAGCUCCGUCCCUCGACGAUCCUGCGUCUACCACCCGACGAUUCCACGCCCAUCAUCUGCGUCGGCCCGGGAACGGGCGUCGCUCCCCUUCGCGGCCUCAUCCUGGAGCGCAUCGCGCGUGGAGCAGGGGGAAAGGAGAGGAAUACCGUCUUCCUCGGCUGUCGUUCUGCUCGCGAUGACAAGUUGCUCGGCGACGAGUGGGAUCAGCUACACGCGCAGGGACACGUAGCGGUUCACUGGGCUAUCAGUCGCACAAAUCAAGAGGGUAAACCGCGCAAGGGCGCCCGCGAGUAUGUGCAGGAUGUGCUACGGCGACAGGGCGAGGCGGUGUGGGAUCAGAUCUUGCUCGAGGGGGCGUGGGUGUAUAUUUGCGGGUCCUCGGGGAAGAUGCCCGAGGGGGUCAGGGAGGCCGUCUUGGAUAUCGCGGAGGAGCACGGAGGAUUGGAGCGCGAUCAGGCUGAGCGAUUUGUGAGCGAGAGGUUGGAGGCGGGUGGGCGAUGGAGAGAGGAGUGCUGGAGCUGAGCGUGCGCAGCGAGGAGAGAGGGCGAUGGAUGGCAAGAUGGUACAUUGCAAAUAGAUGCCGCUAUAGACGCC